AAUGUUCUUUAAAAGAUAUGUAUUACGUUUGUCUCGCGGUACAGUCUAAUGCUUUGAAUUGGAAGUGUAUGUUCGCAAGCCCACAUUUCUGCAUGUGCAUUUGUUUUUUGUUUUUCUACUGUCAUUGUCUUUUGCGAAACAUCUUUUUAUAUUCGCACGUUCUUUCAAAUAGGUUGUUCUAGGCUGUAUGCCAUUAUUAGCUUUAUGGUAUGCUGUAUUAUCCCCCUCCCUUCUCACACCUUCCAUAUGUCUCAUCUUUCCCGGUGGCUUUGUCCCUGUAACCCAUUGUUAGCUUUUUUCUCCCUAAUUUCCUUUUUCACGGGCAAAAUAGCCUUCAAUCAUAUCCUGCACUGUUGUCAGUGGUUAAUGUAAACAUGAAAUACAAUCAGGUCUGUAAACAACUGCACUGAGACCUUUUCCAAUAAAAUCAUUAGUCUUCUUUCAAAGGAACGCGGGCCAUCAGCGUUUUACCCGUUCUAAUAAAUAAUGUAAUCUCUACAUUUUUCAUAAAUUGUGCCGUUCAUAAAUGUUUUAGUUAAUUCUCCACGGAGCCUCAAAGGCCCACAUAGAUAUUUAAACAUUGCUUUCUGGCCUCGGGUUUAUUCACCAUAGGAUGAAAAGGAAUGGUCACAACUCUCUGAAGUCCCUAAGGAUAUAAAUGGACCUUAUGAAUAUACUGUGCUCUCAUAUGCCGGAGCGUGCAAAUUCGUUAGCCCCUGCUAUUUGCCCCGGCGAGGAACUGCCAUCACUGUUGGACCAAGAUUCGACAUCUUUCCACACGCCCAUCGUCGCUGUGUCCGCCACAUCCGCAUCUGAAAUGGAGGAGAGGGAGAUCCACGAUGCCAACACUGCCAGAUUUGGGCCCUGUCUGGGCCAAGCCAAAGCUGAGGAACUUGUCAUUGUGAUCAAUGAAAAAAUGGAGAACAGUAACGGUAUCCACCCGGCCCCAGUUGACAACACCUCCCCAGUCAUCUCCUCACCUCCCAGAAGGCAGCAGUCCAUCUCCUACUCCCACCACCCCCACUCUGGCAAGACCCGGAAGGGGAGUCGCGCUGGCUCGAUCGGUUACACCGCCUUCUCCCCACGACCCUCCAUCUCACGCCACUCGAGCAUCGCCACCAACCCGCCCAUCGACAGAACCAAGCCCAAAGACUACCUUAUGCUGGCAGUACUGGCUUGCUUCUGCCCCGUCUGGCCCAUUAACAUUGUGGGGUUUGUCUAUUCUGUCAUGUCCAAGAACAGCCUUGAACAGGGUAACCUGGAUGGAGCCCGCCGGUUGGGUCGUGUGGCUAGGAUGCUCUCCACUGUGUCACUGAUAGGAGGGACCGUCAUCAUCAUCGCCUGCAUCGUAAACCUGGCGAUAAAUGUGAAGUCCUGAGUAUCGUGUUGCUGUGGUCUGGAAAAAGGAUCUAUCUGGCUGACUGUUCAUUUUCAGUCUUUCUAACCGUGUAGUCAUUACUUGGACGUGCCACAAAUAUUACACACCUGAUGUUCGAUACCACUCUAUAAUCAAUAUAACAUAAUGCUUUGUUAAUGGGAACCCAAUAUGCAAGACCCUGCUGUUCCCAAACUGGCCUGGGCUUCUCUAAUGAUGGAUUGUGCAGUGGGGAAACCAGACGAUCAGACUAAUUCCUUACUUUGUAUUCUACCCGCCACUGAACACUGUCCUUGACAAUGCGCCAUUUCCUCAACCGCUGGCCGUUUUCAGAGCAAGACACCAAAACCAUUGUGGUCUGAGAAUUAUGACAACAGCAGCAAAAGAAGAGAUUGUUUUGAUCACUGUGAAAGAAAUGGGAGAUUUGCUUCAACGGCUUGACUACCUAGUACACUAGAGUCCAUAAAGUCUGCCAAAAUCUAUCCUUCAUUGCCCUGAUGACUGGACGCAUCAGAAAUUUAAUUUUGCAGAAAAUCCCAUUGGUACAUAUACAGGCUUGGGGGUUGGCCUUUCAUUGGAAACUGAGGGAAGAAUCUCCACUUCUUUUUUGAAUAGGCAUACUGUAUAUUCUGUUUUCAGUUAGUGUAAAUUCCUCCUAUCUUUCAGGCUACUGUUAGUAUUUUUUUAUUUUAGCUAGGGGAUGAGAGACUGACAUUCACCAACAGCAAGCCAUGAGUAAUGAGAAGGUUUCGAAAAUGUAUUGGUAAUGAAGCAAAGUAAAAAAAAAAAAAAAUAACAUCUAAAAAAAAACCAUUAGCACCAAAAAUGGAAAGCUGUGUCAUUAUGCUUAAAACCUUCUGGUUACAGAAGGUUUAUAACUCUGUGUGUUUACUUGAAACCUGGAAAAAAGUGACUUGGAAAUGUCAGGAUGAAAAUUCAGUGACUUUCUAUCCAGUUUCACACCCUGAGGAUGGCCCUUUAAACUGUUUCUGAAUGAGAGCUUUGUAGACUGGAAAGCUGGUAAGCACCUAAAGACUACAGGUUAUACAACAUUGAAUAACUUGUUAAUAAAGUUGUGUCCUUGUGAAUCAGUGAAAUGCUAUUUCUUGUACCUUUUUUGAUAAUAAUGUUUGUAAAAGAGGAUCGUUUUCAAAUUUGGAUUUUAAACCACUAGUUUCAUAAUGUGAUGCAGAUUAGGCUUUUGAUGUACGGAUAAAUGGAUGGCAGAUGGUGGUGGUGUGUGUCAAUCCAUAAGUAUUGGGUUACCAAAUAACAUGCUGCAGUGCUGUGGCUGGUCACGCUCAAAUUCAUUUAUAAUAUUCAAUUUACUGAUACUGGCAACAAUGUUAGAUCCUUGGGAAUCUAGUGUCUGGGGACAUGGCAAAUAUAAUUUAUCUUUGGGAUUGAAUCAUUUGGACAUGCGAUACCCUUCCUAGACAUCUAGUGGUCAACAUUAAAUGGAAGGUUCAAUACACAUGACCGUAACAUUGAUUUAUGCGCGUAACUGGGCUGUUGUUGAUUCUAAACCAUUUGCCAAACCUUAAAAUUAUGUGUGCGAAAGGGGCAUGUUGAUGUACAAAAUGAUGUGGAUAAAUCAGUGCAAUUAUCUGUUUUACUGGUGCUUGAAGCAUUUGGCUAUACAUUUGAAACGUGAAUGAUGCACCCUUUUGAUUAUCGUUGCAUAAAUUGAAUCAUAAGUCGGAUGGUUUGAACACUAAGUGUUGAUUGGCUGAAAGCUGUGUUAUAUCAGACUAUACCCUGGGUAUAACAUCACAUUUUACUGCUGUAAUUGCAUUGGUAAUGAGUUUAUAAUUGCAAUAAGGCCUCUCUGGGGUUUGUGGAAUAUUGUCAAUAUACCAUGGCUUAGCACUGUCCCGACACAAACUAAUAUGUCAUUAAGAACCAUUUAGACAGACGUGGUAUAUUCACCAUGUGCUGUAAAAAGUUGCAUACAGUAAAAUGUAAUGCCAUAUACCACAAACCCCUGAGUGCCUUAUUGCUUAAAUAGGCAAAGGUAUUGUUGAAUAUUUUCUUAUUGUCUUCAAGGGCAUUCUGUUGUGUGUAUUAUUUCCAUAUAACAGAUUUUUAAAAGGAAAAACCUAAUUGAAAACAUUAAUGGCAUUGUUGAAUUUGAUUUGCAGAUAAGUUUAGCUAGCAAGGCAGUUUAGGUACAAAACUGAAAUACUGUAGCCAUCUUGUGAACUUCUGGUUCAUACUGGAAAAUGAAUAAAUUUCAAGGUCAAAUGAUAAGUAAUAGCCAUGGUAUGAAAUGGCCUUUAUGCUUGUCUGGGAACUUAUCCAUUGUCAAAGGUUAAUUCCACAAAACCACAUCCCCCAUGUGGCUAUAAAAUUUAGAUUUAAAUAGAUUAAUGUUGUUUAUAAAUUUUCAUUCCUUCAAAAACAGCACAAUGAGUGAAUACAUUCAUCAUUUAAAAAAUGUAACAACUUUUUAUCUCAAACCUAAUUUCUGAUUAGUAUAUACCUUUCAUUCCUGUGGUAUCUUUAAAGUUAUUUAAAUAAAAUGCCAAAAUCUCCAAGCCCAUUAAGUUACAGAAAUGUUUACCCUAUGGCAAAUGUUCUGUAUGUUUUUCAGUUAAUAUUUGAUAAAUAUAUUAGGCUUUUUUCCCCUCUCUGAUAGUAUUUAAUAGAUGUCACAUUUAAUUGUAAUCGAGAGUUGAUAUUAUUCUAUAGGCAACUUAUAUAUUGUGGAUUAUUUAUGGUUGAUAUGAGUUAGCAUCAUAGCUCUUUAAUGUGGACAAGAGAGGAACUGCUAUUCUGUGUUUAUUAGCCUUUUCCAGUAUUUGUAUUACCAAUUGGCUACUAUACUCUCUGUGGAUAUUGGCAUGUUGUUAAACCAGGCACCAUACAUAUUAUAUACUUGUAUGCUUUCAAGGCGCAUUCUUAAUAAAGACACAUUGCAUGAA